AUAAUUGAACGGGUAAGAACGAGAUAAGCUCGAUACCAUUAGUGAUCACUCAAUACUUUUGUGUUUCGUCCACAAUCCUUCUUUUAAUCAACUUGUAACACUCUGUUGGCGUUCUUCUCUCUUACGUGGCUUUCCGUGCAUCCUGGAUUUGGCACUUUAUAACUGCAAAACGUUAACGACAGAAGGAGAGGGAAGAAGUAAAAGAGAAGCAGAAAACUUCUUAUCAUUGAGGGAAAAUGCCAAUCAUUGAGUUAAUCUCAAACGUUUCAUCUGAUUCGUUACCGGAUGGACUCAUGGAAAGAACAGCGAAUUUCACAGCAGAAAAGCUUGGUACACCAUCAAAAGCAGUGGUUGUGAUGAUCAAACAUGCAGUCAUGUUUAGGUUUAGCAGUGAUGAGCCUUGUAUGCUAAUCAAACUAGAGUGCGUCGACGCCUUCAAUGACCAGGAGAAGAACAGAAAGUAUAGCAAAGAGUUCAUCGACUAUGCGGCAGCAGAGUUUAGUAUACCAGCACAGAGGAUCAACCUUAUGAUGGAAAACCAAUCAAUUUGGCAGAUUGGUUUACCAGACGGCCGUCUCCUUGGGGACAGAAUGAAAGGCGGGAAAUAACAGUGGAAUGUCUUAGAUGAGAGGAUAAUACUGCCUCUUGUCUGGAGAUCGAAGAGAAAAGGUGUCAUUAAAACCAAAAGCUGUAAAAGAUAUUAUUCUAUUAUUCCUAUCUAAAAACUCCCCCCCCCCCCCCCCGUCCCCGCCCCCAACAAAAAACAAAAAACAAAACAAAAACUAAAUUUAAAGUUGAUUUCAGUGUUUCUAUGAUCAUAAGAAUCUGCAAUUUAAGAGGGAAUAUCCUAUUACCACUGACCGAGACCCAAUCACACCCCCCCCCCCCCACC